UUUGACUUUAACAACAUCACUUGAGCCUGUAUACCCAGCUUGUUUAUCAGCCUCAAACAGCACCGCAUCACUGAUUUUAUCAUAUUGAGAGACGUCGUUAUCAAGCUUCUCUUUUUUUCAACAAUAUACCGCUUAAUAUCCUCUGCUCAUACUCAUCAACCAUGGCUGAUGCAACAGCGCCUCCGCCUCUAAGCACAGCUGCCGUCCUCAAGUCCAUGGCAGAUGCCCUGCCUUCACAUGUCCAAGGCGACGACUCGUCCGAUCUCGCCUCUUCAUACGAGGCCAUCGCCCUGCUUGUCCACGCAUAUCUCGCCUCUCUCGACUUCAGACUAUGCGGCUUUGAUGAAGACAAGCUCAUCCCUGAAUGCGCUUCUCUCGCCCCUCGUCUGCCUCCUCAGUGGAACAAUGGAUUCGGCUCUCUGUCAUUCGUCUACAAGCACAAGCAGUCCUCCAUGACCUUUGUCGUGCGUGUCGAUCGAAUGGGCUCAAAAGUCGAGAUCCGCGGCCUCGCCGUCGGCGCUGAGAACAUCCAUCGCUUCGAAUACACUGUUCGGGACAUCGUCCAGUCCAGGAACCUGCCCGUGCGCAUCGCCCUCGAUGCCCACGGAAACGAAGACAGGAGUGGCCUCCCAGAGAAGCUGAAGAAGCUCUUUGUUUCAAAUUAUGCCAUCGAGCGCAUCCUGAACGACACAAGAGUCCAGAUCGUGCAGAAGCUCAUUCCGAGACUUCAAAAGGAGGGCUAUGUCGAGACCGAGGAAGCCGAAGCAAACGCCAGAGAUGAAAGGCGGGCACAGGAGGCUCGGGGCGAUCCCAGCGCUCCCUACAGGCCCGCGGGUAAUCAGCCUCGGCCAUAUAUGCCUCAUCCGCAGCCUGGACUGCUGCCUGAUAACGCUCACUAUCGACCUCCGCCUGGUGACUUCCCGCCUCCUGGUUUUGAGGACGAACACCAAAUUCUCAGCCCUCCUGGCCAUUAUAUGGGUGGGCUUAGGAUGCCCCCGAGCAACAUCGGCCACGACGACCUUAACCCUCCCGGCCUUGGGCCUCACGAUCCGCUACGAGGCUCAUUCGUAGGCGGAGGCCUCCCCCGUCCAGGCGGCUUCUCGGGAAUGCACCCUACCUUUGACGAUCCGCUAUUCACGGGCGAAGGCGGCUGGGGAGGAGAUGGACCGCACGGAUCUGGCUACGACCCGCAAGCUCCUCCAGGAGCGAGAUGGGAUCCAGUGAAUCCUAGUGGCGGACCGAGGUUUCCCGGCCAUGGAGGACGAGGCGGUGGCAGAGGGGGGUUUAAUGGGGGAGGGGGAGGAUUUGGGGGCUAUAGUGGAGGCUUUGGAGGUGAUAUUAUCUAACUGAUUCUUAUCCCCCUUUUAUUUUUACGAAGUGUAUGAUGGAAAUGAUUGGAGUUUGAGUGUACGAGUAUGUUAUUAACGUUUGGUAUGGCAUUCAACAGAGUUGAAAGAACAUGAAGCAAAACAAGAAUAUCAACUACCUGACUUUUCCAAUUCUCACUUUUCAUUCCAGAUUAACAG